AUGGCGCAGAAAGGAGUUCAUCUGGACCGUGAGUCUUUCUCUUGUUCCAUCUGUUUGGAUCUUCUGAAGGAUCCGGUGACUGUUUCCUGUGGACACAGCUUCUGCAUGAGCUGUAUUCAAUCCUACUGGGAUAAAGAGGUUGAGAAGAAGAUCUACAGCUGUCCUCAGUGCAGAGAGACUUUCAGACCGAGGCCUGUCCUGAAGAAAAACACCAUGUUAGCAGGUUUAGUGGAGGAAGUGAAGAAGAGCGGACUCCAAGCUGCUCCUGAUGGUUCCUCUGAGGCUGGACCUGAAGAUGUGGCCUGUGACGUCUGCAGUGGGAGAAAACUGAAAGCUGUCAAGUCCUGUCUGGUCUGUUUGGCUUCUUACUGCCUGGUUCACCUCCAGCCUCAUUUUGAAUCUCCUACAUUUAAGAAACACAAGCUGGUGGAGCCCUCCAAGAAGCUCCAGGAGAACAUCUGCUCUCGUCAUGAUGAGGUGAUGAAGAUCUUCUGCCGCACUGAUCAGAAGUCCAUCUGUUCUCUCUGCCGUUUGGACCAACACAAAGGCCACGACACAGUCUCAGCUGCAGCAGAAAGGACUGAGAGGCAGAAAGAUCUGGAGGAGAGUCGAGGAAACAUCCAGCAGAGAAUCCAGGACAGAGAAGAAGAUGUGAAGCUGCUCCAACAGGAGGUGGAGACUAUCAACGGCUCUGCUGAUAAAGCUGUGGACCACAGCCAGGAGAUCUUCAGCCAGCUGAUCCGUCUGAUGGAGAAACGCAGCUCUGAGGUGGAGCAGCAGGUCAGAUCCCAGCAGGAACGUGAAGUGAGUCGAGUCAAAGAGCUUCAGGAGAAACUGGAGCAGGAGAUCACUGAGCUGAAGAGGAAAGACGCUGAUCUGCAGAAGCUCUCACUCACAGAGGACCACAACCAGUUUCUGCACAGCUACCCCUCACUGUCAGAACCGGGUCAACCUGCAGACUCAUCCAGGAUCAACAUCCGUCCUCUGAGAUACUUUGAGGAGGUGACAGCAGCUGUGUCAGAGGUCAGAGAGAAACUCCAGGAUCUUCUGACAGAGACGUGGGCAAACGUCUCACAGGCAGUGACUGAAGUGGAUGUUUUACUGUCAGAACCACCAGGACCAGCAGAACCCAAGACCAGAGCUGGUUUCUUAAGAUAUUCAAGAAGAAUCACACUGGAUCCAAACACAGCAAACAGACGACUGUUAUUAUCUGAUGGAAACAGAAGAGUAACAAAGACGGAACAACAACAGUCUUAUCCUAAACAUCCAGACAGAUUCACUUUUUGGGAUCAGGUCCUGAGUAGAGAGAGUCUGACUGGACGUUGUUACUGGGAGGUGGACUGGAGAGGGGGCGGGGUUGAUGUAGCAGUCGCAUACAAGACUAUCAGGAGAGCAGGGAGAUCAGAUGAUUGUUUAUUUGGAAACAAUGACAAAUCUUGGAGGUUAGUCUGUUCUAAAUACAGUUAUCAAUUUGUGCACAACAAAGUCGUCACUGUUGUCUCAGUUCCUCCGUCCUCCAGAGUAGGAGUGUACCUGGAUCACAGAGCAGGUAUUCUGUCCUUCUACAGCGUCUCUGAAACCAUGACUCUCCUCCACAGAGUCCAGACCACAUUCACUGAACCUCUACAUGCUGGACUGUGGUUAGGCUGGUCUGAUGGAGCCUCUGCUGAGUUUAUAGAAGUGAACUAA